UGUUAAAUUGGGAAGAAACUGUUGUUCUUUUGGAAAGUAGAUCUUAUUGACUAGGAGUCAACUUGGCAUAUCCUUUCCUUAACAACACCAUCCUACUUUUAAUUUAUUUAUUGUCAUUUUGUGGCAGUUAACUGCUUUAAAUGAUUAAUUGUUGGCACUUUUGAAAAUAUAAGGCUUAAUCUGGUGCCUGUUUUGUAUGCAACAUCACCAUUUCUAGUGAUUAAGACAGUAAAUUCUCCCAAUCUGUAAUAUAAUUAGUUUGCUGGUCGAGAACUUGAUCUGUGACGGAAAUGGCAUCGUCUAGUAGCUGGAGAAAACCAGAGACAAAGAACCAAGAGUUGAUCGAUGUGGUGUUUGCUUGGUCGAUUUCAGACGUACGCAACAAAGACUUUUACACGAACAAGGUUAACAAAAUACCAGAAAGAUUUUCGUCAUCGACUGCUUACACCAAGUCGUUUGUCGACCCAUUACUCGAAGAAACCCAUGCUGAAUUGCUGUCCAGUAUGAACGGAAUCUCUCGAGCAUCUACUCGUGGCAUCAUGGUUAGAUCGGAAGAAAAAAAAGAUAUUAAGUUCCCUAAUUACUACUUAUACAGCAUAUAUUUGGAAAAGAAGAGCAGAACUGAGAAUUACGAGCCUGAGGUGGGAGAUCUCAUUGUGUUGACAGAUGUAAAACCAAGUUGCGUUGAUGAUCUCGGGACCUAUGUCAUUGCUUCGGUCCAAAGGGUCCAGAAUUGAGAUCAUGCCACAACCAAAGUUAUAUCCUCGAAGCCCAUACCGUUUUCUUGGAAACAAUCACACAAAAGAGGGAAAGUCAUGUUGUUUGCAGUUAAUCUUAUGAACUUGACAACGAAUACGCAUAUCUGGCAAGCUUUGCACUCUAGUUUGGAUGGGAGUAAGAACAUGAAAAUGAUCAAUAAAGUGCUUCAAACUGACUCAAUGAGUAAAGAAAGAUGUUCAAUCUGUUCCAUUGAAGAUACUAAAAAAUCUGAUACACUGAAUUUGCAAGAAGCAAUGUGCAAUUCUAAUUUGAACCCAUCCCAAGAAACCGCAGUCUGGAGUUGCAUUACUGCUAGAGAAUGCCGUCAUCAGGAGAGUGUAAACCUCAUAUGGGGUCCUCCAGGGACAGGAAAAACAAAGACAGUCGGUUGUCUUUUAUUCGCUUUAUGGAAAAUGAAAUGCUGCACACUAACGUGUGCCCCUACAAAUAAUGCGGUGUUAGAAGUUUCAAAACGUUUCGUGAGUCUUGUAACAGGCUUACUUGAGUAUGAUACUUACGGUUUGGGAGACAUAGUUUGUUAGAAUUAUAAACUUAGUUAUACUUAUUUUUAGUUAUGUAUUUAA